AUGGAUGAUGAACAAGACAAAUUGCUGCCAAUAGCCAACGUGGGGAGGAUGAUGAAGAAGAUAUUACCACCGAGCGCCAAAAUCUCGAAAGAAGCCAAGGAAAGAAUGCAAGAAUGCGCGUCGGAGUUCAUAAGCUUCGUGACCGGAGAAGCGUCGGACAAGUGCCAGAAGGAGAACCGGAAGACGGUGAACGGCGACGACAUCUGCUGGGCUCUGAGCUCGCUAGGGUUCGACGUCUACGCGGAGGCCAUGACCAGGUAUCUUCAUAAGUUCCGCGAGUACGAGAGGCAAAGGGUGAAUCAAACCAUGGGCGCGUCCAGCAACGACGAAGAUGGAUCCCCCCCUUAGCUUGCUAUGUUUGGUUUACUGUAAGUUCAGAUUUCCAGAAUCCAAAAUACUUUAAUUUUCUGAGAUGCCUAAGUUAGGUUUGGGAUUUAGUUUAGUUGUGCUGUCUUCUUCAAUUCAUUUACUGUAUUUUCAGAUUACAGAACCCAAAUUCAGAUUUGGUGAUAAUCUUUCUAUAUUUAUUAUGCCUA